CGAUGGGAGGUCAGCCCAGCAGAGGGAAAACCCUGCCAAGCCCAAGCUCGAGCCCCUCUGUCCGAGAACCGGGCCCUGUGCCCAUGCAAGCAGAGAGAAGCAGGGCCACAGCUGUGGCCCUGGGCAGUUUCCCGGUAGGCGAGCACACAGAGCUGUCACUGAGACCGGGGGAUCCGUUGACCAUCAUCUCUGAAGAUGGAGACUGGUGGACGGUGAUGUCAGAAGUUUCAGGCACAGAAUACAGCAUCCCCAGCAGUCAUGUGGCCAAAAUCUCCCAUGGGUGGCUGUAUGAGGGCCUGAGCCGGGAGAAAGCUGAAGAACUGCUGUUGCUGCCUGGAAACUCUGGAGGGGCCUUCCUCAUCCGGGAGAGCCAGACCAGGAAAGGUUGUUACUCCCUGUCAGUCCGCCUUAGCCGCCCUGCAUCGUGGGACCGGAUCAGACACUACAGGAUCCACUGCCUUGAUAAUGGCUGGCUGUACAUCUCACCACGCCUCACCUUCCCUUCACUCCAGGCCCUCGUGGAUCACUAUUCUGAGUUGGCGGAUGACAUCUGCUGCCUCCUCAAGGAACCCUGUGCCCUGCGGAGGGCUGGCCCGCUCCCUGGCAAGUCCCUACCCCUACCUGUGACUGUGCAGAGGGCACCACUCAAUUGGAAAGAGCUGGACAGCUCCCUCCUGUUCUCUGAAGCACCUGCCUUAGGGGAGUCCCCUCUCCUCAGCGAGGGGCUCCGGGAGGCCAUCAGCUCCUACAUCAGCCUGAGUGAUGACAGCUCCUUGGAUGAUGCCAUGGCCCAAAGCAGAGGCCAAAAGGGAAUCCAACGCUGCAGCACCUAGACCCCCAGCUCAGCUCAGCCUGAGCACUCCAGAGGCAAAUUCAGGGUCCCACUUGUAUCCUCUGCUCCUUCCUGUCUCAGCCCCAAGAAGUCACUUAACCCUCUCCCAAUGCCAUGAACCCACCUGCAACCUCUAGUUCAAGUAGAGACCAGCUGAAAACAGGGACAGGGCUCCAAAGAGACUAGGCCUCUGGGGUUUGACACAAUUUGACCUGAGUUUGGGAUUUCCAGAACCAUCUUCCUCCCCUGCCUAUUGAGUCCCCUUCUACACCCCCACAGUUCCACCCACUAGGUAGAAACCACCACUAGCAUCAAGAAGGAAAAAAAAAAAAAAAAAAUUUAAAGAGAA